GAAAAAAAAAAACUACUCCAUUGGUAAUUGCUCGGAUGGUAUCAAAGAUAAACUAUUUAAUUCGAUUUAAAAAUCUCGCAAAAUGUACGAGAAAUGCAUAGUAAAGUCAUCUGGUGAGUAAAAUAUCAACACACGCUUCAGUAUUAUCUACAGUAGAUGGAGCUCAUUGUUGUUACUCCUUCACAGUAAUGGAAGAUUGUCUGAAUAAACAUCUGUUAUGAUUUUCGCCGGUCUUAUGAGAAUAGUAAUUAAAGUUAUUAAACGAGAUAUUCAUUAUUAAUAACCAAUUAUCCGUGCUUAUUAUCAUACUCUUUCAUCUUUACUAUCAAUUCCGAUCGUUUGCUAAUUAAAUCAAGUAUUAUCAACAUCAAAACAUAUUCGAGAAAAUGGGUGAUCAAAGGAGAAUGCAAAAUUCAAAAGAAAAUUAUAACGAACUUUGUGAUGCGUUUGUUAAUAAAAACAGAAAGAAAAUUAAGGACUUAAUAAACGAUAAUGUUCCUAUUGAUUGGCCGAAUUCAAGAGAAAAUACGCCACUACAUUGGACAAUUAUUCAAUUCAAUGAUAUAGACAUCAUGGUAAUAUUACUGAAUAAUGGCGCGGAUAUUUAUGCUAGAAACCACAAUAAUGAAACACCAUUGUAUGUUGCUGUUCAGAAUGGCAGAAUAGAAGCUGCUAAAUUACUUCUGCAAAAAGGUGCUCUUGAUAAUGAUAAUUUAAAUUCAUUACUACUUGCAGCUAUUGAUAAACAUCAUGUAAACAUGGUUAAGUUGCUAAUUGAAUAUGAUAAGAAACGUAAUGCAUUAAUGAAUUUGGUGAUGCCUCCUCAACAAUAUAUUCCUAGAGAUGUUGUACUGAAAUUUAAUUCAAAAGCUGAGGCAUGUCUUGACUUGUUGUUGAAUAAUAAUUUCACCAUUCAUCCAGAUUGUUACCAUGAUGCAGAUUUUAUUUAUAAAGCUGUAGAAAAUAAUCAUCUGUUAAUCGUAUUACAGCUUUUGGAGCAUGGAAUUGAUGUUAAUAUGAUCAAUUCUAGUACAGGAUUCAAUUUACUAACAAUUGCUUGUCUGAAAAAACGUUAUAAAGUCAUUGAAGUACUUUUAGAACAUCAUGCAGAUGUGAAUAUGCCAAUACCUGAUGAGAAGUUGAAGAAUAUGAUGCCGUUCUCUUGUAAUUUAGAAUUAUAUCGUCAAUUAUUAAAAUCUUAUGAUCAAGAAAGUGAAUCAAUUGACGUCACCUGUUUACAUGUAGCUGUUUUCAGUUCUGAUCCGGUGAUGACAAAACUUUUAAUAAAAUUUGGUGCAAAAAUUACAAAUGAUCCAACAUAUUCAACUUUAGUUCGUAUUGCUAUAUAUAAUCGUUGUGAAGAAAUUAUUCUAAUAUUCUUGGAGCAUGGUGUUAGUCCAGAUAAUCUUGAUCCUAAAGGAAAUUCACUUGUGCAUUUUUGUAUUUAUUAUGAUCCUUCCAGAAAAGAUCAUUAUGAAAACAUCAUUAAAUUACUUUUAAAAAGAGGAGCAAACAUUCAGACACCUGGUAAUGAUCUUGUUUUAGGAACAAUCAUUAAUAAUAAUCAUAAAAUACUUCAACUAUUAUUAAAUAACAAUGCUGAUAUUCAAUAUCGUAGUCCUGAUGGUGAUUCUCUUCUUCAUGUAGCCAUAAAAAGGAAAAAUGAUAUAACUAUGAUAGAACAAUUGUUAAAAUAUGGUAUUCCAAUAAAUGCAACAGAUAAUGAAGGAAUAACACCACUUACUUAUGUUUGUCAAAGUACUUUCUCAAGAGAUACAAUAAUAAUUAUCAAGUUACUUUUAAAAUACGGUGCUGACGUUAAUUGUGUCGAUAAAUAUCUAAAAACACCUCUGCACUAUGUUUGUCAAUUUCAAUAUCAAACUGAUAGAAGAGCUACUUUUCUCAUAAGUCAAGAUAUAAUAAAAACUAUUGAGUUACUUCUAGAAAAUGGUGCUAAUGUUAAUUGUGUUGAUAAUUUUUCAAUGACACCUUUGUUCUAUGCUUCUCUUCAACAAGAGAAAUUAGUCAAAACGAGGGACAGAAGGAAUUUCAAUGAUGAUAUUAUGGUAAUAGUAAAUAUGAUAAAGGUAUUAUUAAAAUAUCGUGCAGAUGUUAACGCAGUUGAUGAUCGUGGUUGGACACCAUUUUUAAUAGCUUCUAAUUCUGAUAAUGAUGAAGUUAUUAAAUGUUUCUUGAAUCACCAUAUAAGUUUUGAUAAGAACACUGAACCGAAACAAUUACCUAUUUAUAUUGAAUGGCAAUGUCAAAACAAUUUUAUUCAAGACUUAUUUAGAUCAACUAAUGUUUCUCAAUAUAUUACAAUAAUGUUCCAACUUAUCAGAAAUUUACCUUCCACAUAUAUUAACUUAAAUUCAAUUGAUAAGAAUGGAAAUACCUUUCUUCAUUAUGCUGUUAUAAAAAACGAUGAAACAUUAGUUCGAGAUCUUAUAAAACAUGGUGCUGAUAUUAACAUUUGUAAUAAAAAGAACUUAACUCCUCUUCAGGUUAGUUGCUCACCGACGAGAAGAAGGUCAGAUAAUAUAGCAAAUAUGCUAGUACUACAUCAAAUUAAAUUAAAAGCUGCUGGAUUGAAUGUAAUUCGUCAAAAUUCAUUACUUAUCGGUCGUGAUAUUCAAUUAUUAAGAAGUGAUAUAAUGGAAAACUUUUACAAAGAAAUUAACACAAUAGCAUGUGAAACAAUUAAUAUUGACAAUGGUAAUGUUACUCGUUAUAUAACAUUACAUAAUUUGUUGACAAAAAGUAUUCAUUUUUUAAGUAAAUUUGUUAAUGUUGAAGAUGUUGAAGAAAUUUUGAAAUCAACAAAAUAUGAUGUUAAGUUUCCAUCUUAUGUGCACAUUAUUAGAAAUCGAUUUCGUGAGGCUAAAGUUCGUCGCACAUUAUUAAAUAUUGCUAGAGUGUAUUUUAAAGAAGCUAUUAGGCACAUAUUACCUGAUGUAUGUAUUGAUGAAGUCUUGAGUAAUAUGGAUAAUGAAGAUUUAGAAAAAAUCAUCAUAGCUUAUAAGCCAUCUAAUGCUAUGCAAUCUUCUCUGUUAAUUAAGGUUAUAUCAAAUAAUAGAGAAAUGUUGAUUUUUCACUACUUAUGUGAAAGUGAAAAAAAAAAAUCAAUAAUGUUACACUACGGAAAUUUCUAUCAUUAUAGUUUUCAUGAUUCCCUUCAUCGUGCCAUAAAAAGACGUGUCGAUUUACUAAAUCUAGAAAAUAUGUUAAAAUGUAAAUUAUUAAUUAAUACAGUAGACAAUGAUGGACGUUCACCCCUUCAUGUUGCCUGUGCUGUUAAAUCAGUAAUUCAAUUAAAAAUCAUUAAAAUGCUUUUAUAUCACAAAGCAAAUAUUAAUUAUGUUGAUAAUAAUUUAGAGACACCUUUAUUCAUUGCAUGUCGAGGUGCAAAUCUAGAAAUUGUUAAAACUUUGCUCAACAAUGGUGCUAAUCUUCAUGCUAAGGAUAAGAAAGGACGGACUCCUCUUCAUGCUGCUUGUGAAUCUAAGAGUAAUAUGACUAGAAGUAUAAUACAAUAUUUGUUGGAACAUGGUGCAAAUGUUGAUGCUGUAGAUGCUAAAAAAUGGACUCCUCUUUUUGUAGCCUGUAAAGAAGGCAAUUUGACAGCAGUCAGAUGUCUUGUAGAUCAUCAUGCUAAUCUUCAUGCCAAAAAUGAUGAAAGUCAAACACUUCUUCAUAUUACUAGCGAAUAUUGGCAUAAUUUAUCUCCAGGAAUAGUGAAAUUAUUGGUACAACAUAAUGUUAACAUUAAUAGCGUUGAUCAGAAAGGUUUGACUCCACUUUUAAGAGCUGGUGAAAAAAACUGUUAUAAGGUAGCUAGGUGUCUCUUAAGGAAUCAUGCUGAUGCUAAUGUAACUAAUGAAAAAGGUCAAACUCCUCUUCAUUUAGUUUGCAAAUGGCAUCUUGAUAAUACAGAUACAAUACAAGUAUUGUUGGAUCAUGGUGCAAAUGUUGAUGCUGUUGAUAGUCAUGGUUGGACUCCACUUUUUUUUGCUAGUAAUUACAAUAAUUAUAAAACCAUUCAACUUCUUUUAGAACAUAAUGCUAAUCCAAAUCAUACUGAUUUGAAGGAAUUAACUCCUCUUCAUGUUUCUGUAAAAAAAGCGUUCGGGCAAAAGUAUGGACAUUGUAAGCCUCAUUUAUCAGUAGAAUUGUUGAUAAAAUAUGGUGCUGAUAUCAAUGCUUUGAAUAAAGAUAAUCUAAGUCCACUUCAUAUUGCUAUUCAAGGAAUGAUGGCAUAUUUUAGUAGUGAGUCAGAGUUUAUUGUUGAAUUAUGGAAAAGCUAUGAAACAAUAAUUAAAACUUUAGCAGCACAAGGAAUAAAAUUAAAGACUGCAGGAUUAGAGGUUAUAAAUCACAAUACAAAUGGAGUUUAUAAACCCAAUGACUUUAUACUAAUUGAAAAAGUAAGAUAUCCUAUGCUCGAUUUUCUACAAUUCAAUGUAGCUUAUGAUUCUGACAGUAUGUUACAUAAAGCUUAUAGAAUUGUUCAGGAAAAAGAUUCUGUUGAUGAUUUACGAAAUCUUAAGAACAGAUGUGAGCAAGAAAUUGAAGCGAUGAAAGAAAGUAUUGGCAUUGAUGGCUUUACUUUCUGUGAUUUUCUGAAAGGUAAUAUUCGACUCUUAAGUCAAUUGACUGAAAAUGAAAAAUUCCAACAAAUUCUGGAAACGGAAAUUUAUAAUAACAAGUUUCCAUUAUAUAUUGACAUUAUAAGAAAUCGACUUCGAGAUGCUAAAAUUUAUUAUGAUCGCUAUAUGCUGAAAAUGUCUGCUAUUGAAUAUUUCGCGUUAAACAUUUGUAAUAAAUUACCUGAUGAAUGUAUAGAAGAAGUUAUGAAUUAUUUGAACAUUGAAGAAGUAAAAACUUUUGUUAAAGCUAUUCAAUAAUAAUUACAUUACAAU